AUGGAUUAUAAUGUAACAAUAAAAGUCGAUCAGAGCAUGUCAGAUUUAUUUCAAAGAAUUAAAAAAUCACAAAUCGAUAUUCCUGUGCAUGUUUCUGAAUGUUUUUCUGCAAAGUUAUUGGAUUUUGAAGCGUUGAAAUGGUUUAGCCAGCAGAUAAAAGUUAUUGAUGGGCCACCUCUACAUACAUUACUCAAAGAAGACAACUUUAUAUUACCCAGCCCUUUAGUUGUUGAACCAAGUCCGGAAUAUAGAGAAAAAAUGAGGUUGCUGGAGGAACGAUUAAAGAAUAAAGCAUACGACGCUAUGACGAAAAAUGUAGAUUUCCGUAGGGUUAAACUUCCUGAAGACACAAUUGCUUUCCAGAUAAAACAGAUCAACAAGCAACUAAUUGCCGUUGUUCAAUUUCUGAUAUCUACAGCUGCAGGAUUUUUGUUUGGAUUUCUCGGCAUAGAAUUAAUAUUAAACACAACAUUUGAUUUAGGGUUUAAACUGUUAUUAGGCAUUAUAUUCGCUUUAAUUAUAGCGUUGGCAGAAAUUUACUUUUUGGCCAAGAAACUGGCAGAAGAUUUCGAACCCACAGAACUAAUGGGUAAUAAGUUACAUCAAGAAUAAUGGUAGUUAUUAUUGAUUAUUGUUGUAAUUAAAUAUUGAUGUACAAUCAAUUGUAGUUUGAAAUACAAUUUACAUUAUUUUUCCUAACAAAUAUUAUGUUACUUUUAUUAUAAUACGCAUAUUUGUGAAUUCUAACCAACAUUUUUAAUAAUAAAAAAACUGUAGUAACGUAAUAAAUAAAUAAUUUAUACUCAAUUUAGUAGUCGGUAAGCAGUAAAGUUGAUGUAAAGUGAAGUUUAAAGUUUACUAAAAUGUUUGUGUUUGUGGGAUAAAUAUGAAAGCAACAUUUGUCAACUUGUUGCUGGUCAGUUAAAAUAUUAACAACAACAAAUGUUCAGCAAUCAUUGAACUCAAAAUUUUGUAAAAAGAAAUCUCUUGUUAUGAUAGUACAUACACUUUUUUUUUACAACUUAUUUGCCUAGUGUAGUUAUACUUAUAUUAUUGUAUAAUACAUUGUUCGUGUCAUUAAAGAUGGAAA